AAUAUCAUAUUUUUUGUUCUAUGAGUUUCUCUGCUGUACGGUCUACUUUACGUGAAAAUUUUGCUAAAAUCAAUAAUAAAUAAUGCGUCCGCCAUUGUGUACUAUCAAGUUUUCAGUAUUUUGUAAAUAUCUUUAAAUUAAAAUGCCACAAUUUUAUAUUUUAUACAUCGAAACACUAACUACAUUAUAACAAUGAAGGUGUAUUGUAAAGUAAUAAUUGUGCUUCUUUCUAUAAAAUCUGUGCACCUUUAUUGUGGUCCAUACAAUGGACAAAUUUGCAAGCAUUACUCAACUGGAUUAGUGUGGUACAACCAUACAGGAGGUCUUGAAAAUGAAAAAAUUACAAGCGGCCUUUGGAAAGAAAUGAUAUCAGCCUUGAAAGAACCUUGCCGCAGUAAAGCAGAAAAACUUCUGUGUUCCUAUGCAUUUCCAAAGUGCAUUGACAAAGACGGCGUAGGAUAUUUUGCAUUACCAUUAUGUUAUGAAGAUUGUAUGGCUGUUAAAAUGCAAUUUUGUUACAAUGACUGGAUUGUUAUUGAAGAACAAAAACGUCGUGGCGUAUUUUUUGAAUCAAGAGGUCAUUUUCGAUUUCCAGAAUGUGAAAAUCUUCCAAAAUUUUCUGGUAAAGGUUCACAAGUAACAUGUAAUAAUGCUGGUAUCACAGAAAUGGAUUAUAGUCAGGUGACAACGACGUGCAUUCAAGGUAAUGGCCAAUAUUAUCAAGGUACAAUGAAUGUCACUGAGACUGGUUUAGCUUGCCAAGCCUGGGAGUCACAGCAUCCACAUCAGCAUACAAGACCACCUCUCGUUUUCCCAGAAGUUCAAAAUGCUACAAAUUAUUGUAGAAAUGCUGGUGGAGAAGAGCGUAAGCCUUGGUGUUACACUAUGGACCCAAAUGUGAGAUGGGAACUUUGUGACAUACCCAUGUGUGCUAACUUUAGUGAGGAAAUAGACAAUACAAAUGGAUCAAUUGUUAUGGAAAAUUAUUUUACACCCACAUUUGUGUUAUUACUCUCUAUUGGAGGCCUUGGAUGUAUAUUAGGCAUAGCAUCAAUUGCCCUUUUGUGCCACUACUUCUUGAAAAACCAUUAUUCUAAAUGUACCAUCUCAAGUCGUAGAAACUUACAAAAUGUAGAUAUUGAUUUAGAUAAGCUUCCAAGUAACCUGGCUUAUCAUACAACUGGAGCACAACUCAAUCCUAAGUUAGAAAAGUUAGAGUUUCCUAGGAAUAACAUAAUUUAUAUUAAGGAUUUAGGCCAAGGUGCAUUUGGAAGAGUGUUCCAAGCCAAGGCUCCUGGUCUAAUUCCUGAAGAAGAAUUCACUUUGGUUGCUGUAAAAAUGCUCAAAGAUGAGGCCUCACAUGACCUACAAUUGGAUUUUGAAAGAGAAGCUUGUUUGUUAGCUGAUUUUGACCACCCAAAUAUUGUAAAAUUAUUGGGUGUUUGUGCUAUAGGACGUCCUAUGUGCUUAUUAUUUGAAUUUAUGGGUAAGGGUGACUUAAAUGAAUAUUUAAGAGCAUGCAGCACGGCACCAAAUUUCCAACCAGCUGUAGAAAACAGAGAAGAUAUAAGACUUCUUGUGACUCCUCUUAGCCAUUUGGACCUUCUUCAUGUUGCCAGACAGAUAGCGUCUGGGAUGGUAUACCUUUCUGAUAGGAAAUUUGUGCAUCGUGACUUAGCUACUAGAAACUGUCUAAUUAAUGAUGAUAUGGUUGUUAAAAUUGCUGACUUUGGACUUUCACAUAAAAUUUACUUACAAGAUUAUUAUAAAGGUGAUGAGCAUGAUGCUAUUCCUGUAAGAUGGAUGCCUUUAGAGAGUAUAUUAUAUAAUAAGUAUACCCUAGAAUCAGAUGUCUGGGCAUAUGGUGUAUGUCUUUGGGAAAUAUUUUCCUUUGCCCUUCAACCAUAUUUUGGUAUGACUCACGAAGAAGUUGUAAGAUUUUUAAAAGAUGGCAAUGUUCUUGCUUGCCCAGACAACACACCAAGAUGUGUAUAUGAUUUGAUGAAGCAAUGCUGGAAUCAUCAUCCAAGUGAUCGUCCAAACUUUAGAGUUAUAUAUCAAACCCUGGACAAUAUACAAAUGGUACUUGAAAGGAGUAAUUCUAAUUGAUAAUUUAAAUAAUAUUGAUUUCCAACAAAACAAAACUGAUCAUUGUAUAUUAACAAAAUGAAAUAAAUUGUUUGAUCAAUUAAUAUAAUUCUGUAAAAAGUUGUCGUGCCACUUAGAUUUAAAAUAUGUAAAAGCCACUUAAAUUGUAUUAGCUGUUUUGAUUAUUGUUGUGUGUGAUAAGUGAUGACUAAUGUUUUGAUUCAGUGAAAUAUGUUCAACACAAAUUCAAGUACCGGUACUUUGGACUAUUUGGUGAUCACAGUAAUUGUUGGAAACAUGUAUUAUUACUAAUAACACAGGAAUUAUUACUAAUAAUGCCCAUCUGGACCACCUCUAGUGUAGCAAUGUUGUUUUAAGAUAGUAAUUAUAAUUUGUAGAUAUUUUUCUAUUGUGCAGUUUAAUCAUAACAAGACUGAUUUUGUUUAAUAAUGUUCCUUUGUCAUUUGGGUAUGUGAACUGUUCGUGAUUUUUAUGUGUUUUAUGGCAGGCUAAUGAAUAUUUAAUUUUAUUUUUGUUAUACAUAUUCCUUGAACAUUAUCAGAGAUUUGUCAUGAUAAAUUAAUAAAAAUUAUGUUUAACUGAAUGUCUGAUAAAUUGUACUGGCCAAAAUUUAUUCAGCAAUGUAUGUAAAGUGCCAAUUUUGAAAGAAUGAUUUUAAACAGUAGCUAGUUUUAAACUUUGUUAUGUUUAAUUUGUAACUAAGUACAUUUUCCAUAGACAUACCAUGGUCAUAUUGGUAAAUCUUAUUAUUGUUAGUAACUAUUGUAUUACUAGUAAUUUUUGUAUCAAUUGAAAUUUAAAAAAUCAUCAACUUAAAAAGCGACGAUCACUAGAAAAUCGGCUGCUUGAUGAUGCUUGUAAACUUGGGAAGUCUUCAAGUAUAACCGAACAUGUGUCAAUACUCAAUAUAUUGUGUAUCUUGAAUCACAAGCAUUCUUCUCUUCCUACCAUUUUCUUAGUAUUUGUUCGAUUACACUUGAGUCUUGAACGUUGCUGACGUAAUACAAUAUAUAAAAUUACGUGGGGUUAUACAUAGAAAAAACAUUAUCCCCUUUAAAGUCUAAUUCGCAAUUUUAAAUAUUUUCUUAAGUUGUUUGAUCAUAAUACUUCUUACUAUAAUGUGAAUUGAUAUUUUUAUAAUAUUUCUAUCUUCUUUUUAUAUAGAAGUCGCCAUGCUAAGCAAGAAUUAAUUAGUCAUUUUCUAAAAUCAAAAUCAUUUGAAAAAAAAAUCACAUGUAAAUGACUUUGCAUUAGCGGGGGCGUAUUUAUUUAUUACUUAUUCAGUUACAUUUUAACUUACAUAUAAUUAUAUAGAUUUUUUAAUAUCCAAUCAAGCCAUCCAUUAAAUCAACGAUAAAAUCAUGUGAAAUAAAACACUGCCAGAUACAUUUUUGUAUUAUGUAUAUUAUUUUUAAAAACAUUUAAUUUCUAUGACAUAGUAUUUUGGAAUUUUGUAUUUUAUGAAACAUUAUACAUUUAAUUUAUUAAAUUGUGUUAAUCUUUGUCGUUAAGAGUAAAUAAU